UUAGCAAAGUGGAGGAUCAGGUUUUCUUAACAAACAUUACAAGAAUGAAGUUCGCCAAGGCUAUCAUUGCUCUGGUUCUGGCCAUCAGUGCCAAUGCAUCUCCCGCUCCAUACGUCCAGGAUGUGGUGACCUACUCCAACCCAUGGCCGCUGAAGACCAGCACGGUCUGGCCAGCCUACGGUGGAUUGUACGGCGGUGGUAAGGUCGCCGUGGUUCCCAAUGUUGCAUACGCCAAGUAUGCCUACCCGAACGUUUAUGGAAGCUGGCCUGCCUAUGGAAAGAACUGGGGAUACUCCGCACCGGUUGUCACUGUUGGUGCCAAGGUUGUGGACAAUGGCCUGUGGAACUAUGGUGGCUACGGAUAUGGAUACGGACUGGGACACAACAAGUACUGGUAUUAAAUAGGGUAUAAAAUGGUUUCUGAAUAAAUAAACAAUAACGCUGUUUAA